AUGGCGUCCGUCAAGGAAACUGUCACCGAAGCACUCCUGGGCACAGAGCAAGCUCCGGAGCUGUCGCAACAGACGAAAGCUGCUUUCCUGCAGCACGCUGUCAAGGACGAACAAACAGGAGAUCUGUACCUGGGCGAGGAGCAGUUUGUGGACGCGGUAGCGCCACCAGCGGAGGACUACCACAAGAUCAAGCGCGAUCAGUAUGGCAUCCUCUUCAAAGUUGCCGACCGCCGGAGAAAUGGCAAGGUCACCAUGUCUGACUGGGCUACUUUCACGAACCUCCUCGAGAAGCCGGACGCCGAGUACGAGAUGGCUUUCCGGCUCUUCGAUGUCGAAGGAACGGGCCAGGUGAGCUUCGAGGACUUCUACAGGAUAUACUCGCAGAACAAAAGUGAGGAUAGCUUGCCCUUCGACUGGGAGUCUGAGUGGGCGUCGCUGUACCUUGGCGGGAAGAAGAGGCGGCACAGCAUGACAUACCCUCAAUUCUCGCAGAUGCUCCGCGGAUUGCAGGGCGAGAGGGUGCGGCAAGGCUUCAUGCACCUCGACAAGAACGGUGACGGUUACAUAGAGCCAGACGACUUCCAGCGCAUCAUCCUCGAGACUGCACGGCACAAGCUGUCGGAUUAUCUCCUUGAGAACCUCCCUACCCUUUGCAACAUCACCGCCGGCAGCAAGAUCUCCUACGCCAAUGUCCGCGCCUUUCAGAAUAUGAUCCGGGAGAUGGACCUGGUAGAGCUGAUCAUCCGCAACGCGGCAAGAAAGAGCACAGACGGCAAGAUCACCCGGACAGACUUCCUCAAUGAAGCAGCGCGGAUAACACGGUUCUCUCUCUUCACGCCUAUGGAAGCGGACAUUCUCUUCCACUUCGCUGGCAUGGACGAGCCGUCCGGGAGGCUAGGACUACCCGAUUUUGCCAAGGUACUGGAUGCGUCGUGGCAUACUGCAUAUCCGCUAAUAAGCGAUGCUGCCGAAGCGGUAUCGGACAUCGGAGCAAGGGCAUUCACGAAGACAAGGUCACUGAUGCAGGACAUCCUUGAAUCCGCCCACCAUUUCGCCCUCGGCAGCGUAGCGGGUGCUUUCGGUGCGUUCAUGGUCUACCCGAUCGAUCUUGUCAAGACGCGGAUGCAGAACCAGCGGAGUGCGCGUGUGGGGCAGAUGCUGUACAAGAAUUCAUGGGAUUGCGCGAAGAAGGUGGUCAAGAAUGAGGGCUUCAGGGGGCUGUACUCUGGUGUCCUACCGCAGCUUGUUGGUGUCGCCCCGGAGAAGGCUAUCAAGCUGACGGUGAAUGACUUGGUCCGGGGAAAGUUCACAGAUCGGAAGACGGGCAACAUAUGGUAUGGGCAUGAGAUUCUUGCCGGUGGUGCUGCUGGUGGCUGUCAAGUGAUCUUCACCAAUCCGCUCGAGAUCGUAAAGAUUCGACUACAAGUGCAGGGCGAGGUGUCCAAGACGCUCGAAGAUGUCCCCCGGAGAUCCGCAAUGUGGAUCGUGAGGAAUCUUGGUCUCGUCGGCCUCUAUAAGGGCGCGAGCGCGUGUCUGCUCCGCGACGUCCCCUUCUCCGCAAUCUACUUCCCUACCUACUCCCACCUCAAGCGCGACUACUUCGGCGAGUCCCCCCAAAAACAACUCGGAGUCCUGCAACUCCUAACCGCGGGCGCCAUCGCCGGCAUGCCCGCCGCCUACCUAACGACACCCUGCGACGUCAUCAAAACGCGCCUUCAAGUCGAAGCCCGCAAGGGCGAGACCCAGUACACGACGCUGCGCCACUGCGCCAGGACAAUCUGGCAGCAAGAAGGCUUCCGCGCCUUCUUCAAGGGCGGACCCGCGCGUAUCAUGCGCUCGUCUCCGCAGUUCGGCUUCACGCUUGCGGGCUACGAGGUCCUGCAGGGCCUACUGCCGUUGCCGGGAAGCCACAAGGAGCCGAGGGGGCAUGCGGAGCCUGCGGUCGGGCUCAGCGACGCGAGGGCGCCGCUGCCGUAUCUGAGGAGCAGGAACGCGCUGAAGAUCAUUCUGGAUCUGGACGAGAAUUUCGGACGGCCGAAGAUGCCAAGCGGGAAGAGCUGGAUGGGGGUUCCGGGCUUUGGGGGUAAGGUGACGGCCGCGUAG